GGCUUUUUGUAACAAUGCAUAUACACCUGUUUCAACGUCCUUAAGAUUAAGUCAUAUAAACAAACCUUACUGGGGCAGCCCUAACACUUCGUGGCGACGUCCCCGGGACCAAGACCGAAGACACAGUGUCAUAACAAACCGAGACCGUAACAGUAACAGGAAAUCUUUCCAAUCUGAGAGCUGAAGCAUCUGCAUUUUAAUGCGAUUUUGUAUACUGUACAUGUUCUACCAGGGCGUUUCUACUAAUAUUGGUGCUGCUUAAUUUCUAAAGAAUCGAGUGACCAAGUCGAGAAAGCACAUAGUGACAUGAUCGACAUGGCUGUUUUAGAGAUUAUAAGUGGGAUCUUCUCUCUAACCACCCUCUAUCUUACCGUUGCUACAAUCGUCAUAUUCUUCAUCUAUGAUUUCUGGACGCAUACAUACUUCAAACGGCUUGGUAUUCCAGGUCCCCCACCCAAACCGAUUUUUGGCAACGCAAUGGACUUUGGCAGGCCAAUCUUCGAAGUACUUGGAGAGUACAGUGAGAAAUAUGGUCCCGUUGUGGGUAUCUACAUGUUUAGACGACCGGUCCUAGUAAUAAGCGAUCUCGACAUGCUGCGAAACAUCAUGGUCAAGGACUUUCACAAUUUCUACAACAAAUUUCCUUUACCGCUUGGUUCUGGAUCUUUAGACACCGCCCUCUUCUUACUCAGAGAUGCCCAGUGGAAGAGAGUUCGUGACGUCAUAACACCAUCCUUCACGGGAAAGAAAAUGAAAAUGAUGUCUGAUAUAAUCAAUGAAUGCGCAGACAUGAUGGUCGAGAAGCUACACCAGUCUUCUGAGGAUGGCGGGAACGUCGAGACACAGGAGUUAUUUGGGAGUUUCGUAAUGGACGCACUGGCAAGCUGUGCUUUCGGUCUAAAGGUCAACUCACAGAAGGACAAAAAUGACCCCUUCGUCAAGAACGCCGCCAAACUCUUCGAAAUUUAUUUUACGUCGCCUGUUUUUAUGGCUGUUUCUUUCAUACCAUCCUUGCGGCCCAUCUUUGAGUUCUUCAACUUCACGCUUUUCCCGAAGGACGUCAUCGAUUUCUUUCAUGACGUCACAGAGAAGACAGUUGCGAUGAGGGAAAGUCAACCAUCCGAACAGGGAAAAGACUUCCUGCAACUUUUGAUUGACGCCAAAAAUGGCAAAGCCAAGAUGGUGAUCGAAAACGACGACGAUGACGUCCAUAACAAGUAUUUUAAAGACGCAGGAGCUGAGGAAAGCGUUUCGACCAAAACUAAGAAAUAUUUGACAAAGGAGGAACUAUUUGGGCAGUCCAUCAUAUUCCUUUCGGCUGGCUACGAGACUACUGCGACUCUUUUGACCUAUGCCUCCUACUUACUGGCCUCUAACCCUGACUGUCAAGACAAGCUCAUUGCCGAGAUUGAUGACGUCGUGCCAAAGCGCGAUGACGUCAGCUAUACGUCAAUCUCUAAGAUGCCUUAUUUGGAUCAGGUGGUGUGUGAGGUGCUGAGGAUAUACCCACCUGGAGUGUUAUCUGACCGAGAGUGUGGUGAGACGUGUACGUACAACGGUUGUAGGAUUGACAAGGGAAUUCAGAUUUGGAUACCAACAUACUCCAUCCAGCGAGACCCUAACCACUGGCCUGAUCCUCUCAAAUUUGACCCGGAAAGAUUCACCAAGGAGAAUCGUGAGGGUCGUGACCCGUUUACCUGGAUGCCUUUCGGUGCUGGACCUCGUAUCUGUCUUGGAAUGAGAUUCGCACUCAUGGAGGCUAAGAUGGCGCUCGUCCGAUCUCUUCAAGAAGUUCGUUUUGAGAUUUCACCACUAACCAAGAUUCCACCACCUGUCGACAAUACUUCGCUCAUGUCAAAGAAAGAUAGCUACACACUCAAAGUUGUUCAGCGUAACUGAGCACCAACGAUGAUGCAGCGAGUGUAAUCACAAACGUGCACAAUUUAAAAUAUUAAAGAAUUUUUGACUUCGGGAAAAGGAACACUGUAAAAACUGUGGUGUUAAAACUGACACCA